UUAGAAACAAAUAUACAGAAGAUGAAGGAGAAGUGUGGCUUCACAGUAAACCAUUUAAAUUUUCAUACCUUCUGCACAGUUUGUGAAAAUGUUUUUCAGAACAAAGCUGAUCAAUGUCAAACCCCAGGCUGUAAUGGAAAAAAAAGUGCUAGUAGAAGUAACAAUUACUUUGUGACAGGAAAUACUUGCAAGCAGUUAGAAGAUAUACUAACAAGAUCAGGGAUGUGGCAGUCAAUUCAAGAAAGAGCUAAUACAACACCUUCAGCAGAUGUCUUAACAGAUAUUGUAGAUGGAAGCGAGUACAGGAAACUGAAACAGGAAGGCCAGUUUCUUAGUGACAAUAACAACAUAUCACUUUCCUUUUUCACUGACGGUAUUCCAUUAUUCAAAAGCUCUGGGGUUUCUUUAUGGCCUGUCUAUCUUUUAAUUAAUGAAAUACCAAGAAAGCAAAGAUUCCUGAAGAAAAACAUGGUACUUUGGGGGAUUUGGCAAGGAUCAGGAAAACCAAACAUGACUGUUUUUCUAAAAUCUCUUGUAUUAGAUCUACAAAAGCUCUACUAUGAAGGACUUACAUUUCAAAUUGAAGGCAGACCCAUAUGCAGCAAGGUCAUCUUAUUAGUUGGAACUAUGGAUUUGCCUGCACGAGCUGGAGUUCUUAAUAUGACUCAAUACAAUGGUGAAUAUUCUUGUAUCUUUUGCCUACAUCCUGGAGUUGUAGUAAGAUCAGGAAAGGGGCAUUGCCGCAGUUUUCCAUUUAGAGAUGAACCAAUGAGAACCACAAUGGAAACCAAAAGAAACGCUGAGCAAGCACUAAAUAGCAGAAAAAGGGUAAAGGGCAUGAUGGGUAUCAGUGUGUUAAAUUACUUGCCUUAUUUCUCAAUCUGCGAAUAUAUAGUGAUUGAUUACAUGCAUGGAGUCCUGUUAGGAAUCUGUAAGAAAUUGUUGGGUAUGUGGUUUAAUGCAUCAUCAUCAGGAAAACCUUAUUUUAUUGGAAGCAAGAUCAGAGAGGUUGAUAAACUAUUGAAAAGCAUAAAACCACCAUACCUUAUCAAUCGACUCCCAAGAAAGUUGUCCAAUACACUACAUCAUUGGAAGGCAUCAGAGUUGAGAUCAUGGCUCCUGUUUUAUUCUCUCCCGUGUUUGAGAGACAUUCUCCCUGAUGUGUAUCUAAAGCAUUUUAGUUUACUAGUUGAAGCUACUUACUUACUUUUGGGAGAAGGAAUUUCAUCUGAAGAUCUACAAAGAGCUGAUAUUCUUUUAACUAUGUUUGUGAAAUCAGCAGAAGGCCUUUAUGGUAAGGCAUUUAUGGGACUUAAUGUGCACAAUCUCCUUCAUCUUGUUGGAUGUGUGAAGAAAUGGGGUCCAUUGUGGGCAUGGUCCUGUUUCUGUUUUGAAUCGUUCAACGGAGAAAUAAAAAAAGGCAUUCAUGGCACAGGCAACGUUUGUAGAGGAAUUUUCUGGUCUAUUCAUGCAGAGAAGUACAUUCAUAGUAUGGUGGGUCAUGAUGAUGCAUCUAGUAAAACAAACACUAAAGAAUUUCUUAAGCAUCUUUUCUCUGGACACUUAAUUUCUGAAAAAUCAAGUAUUCAAGCGAGUCAGUGCAAUGUGCUUCAUGCAAAAACAAUAGAUACACAGUUGCCUCAUUUUGAAGACAUUUGUAACCACCUUGCUGACAUUACUGGAGACAAAUCAAUUGAUGAUUAUAUGAAGGCACCUAAAGUCAUAAGGAAUGGUUAUGUCAUGUACAGCAAACUUUGUAUAAAAGUGAAGAAAAGAAAUUCUUUUUGCAUUAGGAUUUCUGAAGCAAAUACAUUCAAAUACAUGGAAGUUGAGUACUAUCUUCUCCACCCUGCAUCCAGCCGUGUGUUUGCUGUUGGAAAUUACUUAACUGUAGUUGGCAGUGUUCUUGAUAAUAGAGUUCCACAUAUCAUGCAGGUUAAAUUGGAAGGGAUUGGAUGUAUUGUGAAAAAGGUGGAAACACUUCAGGAUGUUAUGGUCAAAACAACAAUAGGCAAAAAGGACUACAUAUCAAUUAUGCCGAAUACUAUAGAAAGAAAUUAAAGUUUUGCAGAUCUCAACUUGAUGCCCUUGUACCAUGGCGUAUAAACUACACUUUGUUAUAUGACAUUCAUCAUGUUUAUGCUUUAUCCAUUUAUGAGUGAAUUGGAUUAUAAUAUCAUGAGUUACUUACUUCAUGUGCUAGAAUAAUUUGUUCAAUUUAUUAAUACUGUUUUUCUUCUGAAGUACUAUAUUUAGAACAUUUUGAAUAGAGUUAUGGAUACAAAUUGAGCAUAAACAUGCACUUAUCAUUAAAAUGCAAACAUGUAUUCAAAAUCUAUG